GCCUUCAGCGGCGCAGCGGAGCCGCUAACACACUGUAGACACACACACAAACGCACACACACACACACACACACACACACACAGAGGAGGAGAAGCAGCAGCUGUUUGUUCUCUUAUCGGUCUUCUUUUUACCCGUUAAAACCCGAGUCCCGUGUCCAUGGCAGCCCGGUUGUUGGAGGUGUACCUGGACCUCCUGUCGCAGCCCUGCCGCGCGAUCCACAUCCUGCUCGGCUGCACCAACAUCCCGCACACGGUCCGCACCGUGGCGCUGCGCAAAGGAGAGAACAGGACUCCAGAAUUCACAAAGUUGAACCCGAUGCAGAAAGUUCCUGUCAUGGUGGACAACGGCUUCGUCCUCACAGAGAGUGACGCCAUCAUGAAGUACCUGGUCACCAAGUACGACGUCCCGCAACACUGGUAUCCACGGCAACCAGAGAGACGAGCCAGAGUGGACGAGUACACGGCCUGGCAUCACACACACACACGACCUCACGCUGCUAGAGUCUUCCUGCUGGAGGUGCUGAUCCCCCGUCAGACGGGCUCCCCGGUGGACCAGGCCCGUCUGGGCCGGGCCCUCUCUGAGCUGGAGGACACUCUGGACCGGCUGGAGGACAUGUUUCUACGGCGACAGCCCUUCCUGUGUGGUGAUGACAUCACCGUGGCCGACCUGCUCGCCGUCUGUGAGCUCAUGCAGCCCGAGAUGAGUGGGGCGGACGUCCUGCAGCAGCCGCGCGCGCUGCAGCGCUGGAAGGGCCGUGUGCGCAGCGUCGCGUCGGCGAAGGCCUUCCACCGGGCGACGCCGCGCUGUACGUCAGAGACCGCCACGCAGCCCGGUGACAUCACACACAGGAGCCAAUCAGCUGGGAGGAUUUAA